AUGGGAGGAAUAUUUUCAUCCAUGAAAGACAAAGAUGAGAAUGAGAAGAUACCUCAAAAUAAUAACAAUACCAACGGAAACAAUACAUCAGUGGGCCAACAAAAUGGUACAUCCAACAAUAACAAUAACAAUAAUACAACCAAUGCCGAAAAGAAGAGUUCAGUGAGUGUGCUCUUGUUGGGAACAGGAGAAACAGGUAAAUCAACCUUGUUUAAACAAAUCGAGCUCAUUAAUGGAGUUGGUAUUAUCAAAGACCAUGAAAGAUCUAUGUGGGCUUCUCUUAUCCAUGGAAAUCUCAUUUCUGACAUGAAGACCCUGAUAAACAUUGUGGAAGAAUUGAAUACAGAAAUUGAUGAUGAAACAAAUGACAUUUUACAAGAAAUUCUAGAGCUACCAGAUCAAAACGUAACCAUCACCGAUGAAUUGCGCGAAAAACUGAAAAAGUUAUGGGGUUGUGACGCUAUUAAGCAUGCCUACGACAACAGAGACCAAGCUCUCGACUCUGCUGAAUAUCUCUAUUCACAUAUUGACCGAAUUGCAAAACCAGAUUAUUCUCCAACUGUUGACGAUGUUCUUCAUUGUCGUGUUAAAACUCUCGGUGUUCAUCAAGUGGAGAUUGUCAUGGAAGGAGGAAUUAAAUUCCGUUUAGUUGAUGUUGGUGGUCAACGUGCUGAGAGAAGAAAAUGGCUUGAAUUAAUGUCAGAAGUUGACGCCGUAAUUUUCAUGACAUCUCUCGCCGAGUAUGAUCAAGAUUGCUAUGAAGAGAAGGGAUGUUGGCGUGUGAAGGAAUCUUUGGAUACGUUUGAAAAAGUAGUGAACAACAAAUUAUUCCAGAGCGUACCUUUUAUUCUCAUGUUAAACAAGAGUGACUUGUUCGAAAAGAAACUCGACAAGAAGAGUUUUAAAAAGUAUUUCCCUGAAUUUUCUGGAAACGAGAAGGAUGUCAAGGAAUGUACGGAUUAUUUGGCAAAAUUAUUCUUGACUAAAUGUAAAGAGCGAUCAAGUUCUUCGGUUUUGGUGCAGCCUCAUUGUGCCAUUGAUAAGAACGCAACGGACAAAAUGCUGCAGCAAGUCAAGAAUUUUGUGUUGGAUUCAAAGAAGAACUAA